AUGAAUCCCAUACCAGGAGCCCCCAGUGUCCCAGCUUUGUGGCAGGAGGCGCGAAAUGCCGAUGGGAGAGUUUAUUACUACAAUGUGCAAACAAAGGCAACGCAAUGGACCAAGCCAAUCGACUUGAUGACUCCCGUUGAGCGCGCCCUCGCAAAUCAGCCGUGGAAGGAAUACACAGCAGAAGGAGGACGCAAGUACUGGUACAAUACGGAGACCAAGCAGAGCACGUGGGAGAUCCCCGAGGUUUACAAAAAUGCGCUUGCACAGGCCCCUGCUGCCCCGGUGCCAGCUGCCCCAGCUGUUCCUGUUGCAGGACCCGCAUUUGUAGCUGGCGGCUCCAGCGCUUUCUCUCAUCCGCCGCAUCGUGACCGCGAUCGCGACUAUCCUCGUGAUCGGGACCGAGAUCGUGACCACCGCGACUACCGUGACCAUCGCGACCAUCGUGACCACCGCGACCACCGUGAUCACCGUGACUAUCGGGACCAACGUGAUCAUCGUGACCACCGUGACUACCGCGACCGUGACCGUGAUCGUGACCGGGAUGACUAUGACCGCGGGUAUGGCGAUCGUCGUGGGGGAUAUGGAUCAUUUGAUCCCAACGGAACGGCGGCUGUAUCAGCAUUGACCUCGCAGGCCGACCCCGAAUACGGUUCCCUUGAAGAGGCAGAAAGCGCUUUCAUGAAGAUGCUGAAGCGGAACAACGUCCAGCCCGACUGGUCCUGGGAACAGACGAUGCGAGCAACAAUUAAGGAUCCCCAAUAUCGGGCGCUCAAGAAUCCGCUUGAUCGCAAGGCAGCUUUCGAGAAAUACGCGGCCGAGGUUCGCAUGCAGGAAAAGGACCGUGCAAAAGAACGUUUGGCUAAGCUGCGUGCAGACUUCAAUACCAUGCUCAAGCGGCACCCAGAAAUUAAGCAUUACAGUCGCUGGAAGACCAUCAGGCCCAUUAUUGAGGGAGAAACUACUUUCCGGGCCACUGACGAUGACGAUGAACGUCGUCAGCUCUUUGAGGAUUACGUUGUCGAACUCAAGAAGGCACACCUUGAGCAAGAGGCUGCGAAUCGAAAGGCUGCCAUGAGCGAGCUUGUGCAAAUUUUAGGCUCUCUGAACUUAGAACCUUACACUCGCUGGUCGGAAGCUGAGGCAGUCAUCGAGUCCAAUGAGAAGGUUAAGACUGAUGAUAAGUUCAAGGCCUUGACCAAAUGCGAUAUUUUGACCGCAUUUGAAAAUCACAUCAAAUCAUUAGAGCGUGCUUUCAACGACGCACGCCAGCAACAAAAAGCGAUCAGGGCGCGCAAGGAGCGUCGCAAUCGGGAGGCUUUCCUGGAGCUAUUGAAAGAGCUCAAAUUGCAAGGCAAAAUCAAGGCAGGCAGCAAAUGGAUGGAUAUCCGUCCAGUUAUCCAGGACGACGCCCGUUAUCACGCGAUUCUCGGUCAACCUGGAUCAACUCCUCUUGACCUCUUCUGGGAUAUGGUUGAAGAGGAGGAGCGUGCACUCCGUGGGCCACGAAAUGACGUUCUCGACGUCCUGGAUGACAAACGAUACGAAAUUACCGCCAAGACUACAUUCGAAGAAUUCAAGGAGACCAUGCUCACUGACCGCAGAACCUCUCAAAUCGACUCAGAAACGCUCACUCUGCUGUUUCAUCGCAUCCAGGACAAAGCUAUCCGCCGUGACGAAGAAGAGAAACAUGCGGCAGACCGUCACCAGCGUCGCGCUGUUGACGCUCUUCGUUCACGGAUCAAGCGUCUCGAGCCUCCGGUUCGUGUUAGUGAUACCUGGAAUGAUGUCAAACCACGCCUUGAAAAGUACGAAGAGUACAAAGCAGUCGAGUCCGACGAACUCCGCGAGUCCGCUUUUGAGAAGGUCCUCCGCCGUUUGAAGGAGAAGGAGGAAGAUGGAAAAGAGCGGGACCAUCGUGAUCGUGAUCACGCUCGUGAUCACAGCCGGCGACGUGACUACGAUCGUGGUGAGCGUGGCUAUCGUAGCGGUCGAGGCGAGCGACGGGGUGGAAGCCGAUACAGCCGCACUCCUGAACUUGACGCCUAUGAAGCCGAUCGACGCAAGGCGCAGGCCGACCGAGAACGAUCCUACCGCAAAGUGAGUGUGUUCUCACCCUCGCGUGAUCGUCAUGACGACCGCGACCGCGAACGGGGAGAUCGAGAUCGAGAUCGUGAACGUUACCGUGAGCGUGAGCGUGAGCGUGAACGAGGGGAUCGGGACUACGACCGCCGUCCAGGCGACCGGCGGGAAGACGAGCGGGAGCGUCUUUACCGUACACGCGGCGAUCCUCGCGGUGGGCGCGACGAGCUAGAUUACGGCGAGACUCGUAGUGUGACUAGCACCGACCGUCGUCGCCGCCGGGAAAGCGACGCAGAAAGUGUGGCUAGUCGCUCCACGAAGCGAUACCGCCGUGACAGUCGAGAGCGAGAGCGCAGUCCGGGUCCUCGGCGAGCUGGGCUGGAGCGCUCGGUCAUUCCUGAGGAGACAACCAAGGCGGACGAAAUGACCGAAAAGGCCAUCCACUCUGGCAGUGAAGAAGGAGAAAUUGAGGAGGACUAG